CAAUGGCUGGGGUCCUAUAAACGCGAACGUCCCAGCGCUCAGAGGUAACCCCAGCGAGCGUUCAGAUCGUGGGCCGCAGGUCCCAGGAGCUAGCUCGCUAGGGAGCGGGAGGCCAAGCGACCGGAGUCAGAGUCGGAGUCGGAGUCUCGGGACCGGAGCCGGAGCCUGAUCCGCAGAGUGCAGCCCGCCCGCCCGUCGCCGCCCGCGCACCCAGCGCUGCCAGAGCCACCGGCACAGCGCGGCCAUGGAGCCCAGCAGCAAGAAGCUGACGGGCCGCCUCAUGCUGGCUGUGGGAGGGGCAGUGCUCGGCUCCCUGCAGUUUGGCUACAACACUGGAGUCAUCAAUGCCCCCCAGAAGGUGAUUGAGGAGUUCUACAACCAGACGUGGAUCCACCGCUAUAAGGAGGGCAUCUUGCCCGCCACACUGACCACGCUCUGGUCCCUCUCUGUGGCCAUCUUCUCCGUGGGGGGCAUGAUUGGCUCCUUCUCUGUGGGCCUUUUCGUUAACCGUUUUGGCCGGCGGAAUUCAAUGCUGAUGAUGAACCUGCUGACCUUUGUGUCCGCUGUGCUCAUGGGCUUCUCAAAACUGGGCAAGUCCUUUGAGAUGCUGAUCCUGGGUCGCUUCGUCAUUGGUGUGUACUGCGGCCUGACCACUGGCUUUGUGCCCAUGUACGUGGGGGAGGUGUCCCCCACGGACCUUCGUGGGGCCCUGGGUACCCUGCACCAGCUGGGCAUCGUCAUCGGCAUCCUCAUCGCCCAGGUGUUUGGCCUGGACUCCAUCAUGGGCAACCAGGAGCUGUGGCCUCUGCUGCUGAGCGUCAUCUUCAUCCCAGCCCUGCUGCAGUGCAUCCUGCUGCCUUUCUGCCCUGAGAGCCCCCGCUUCCUGCUCAUCAACCGCAACGAGGAGAACCGGGCCAAGAGCGUGCUGAAGAAGCUGCGCGGGACCUCGGAUGUGACCCGCGACCUGCAGGAGAUGAAGGAGGAGAGCCGGCAGAUGAUGCGGGAGAAGAAGGUCACCAUCCUGGAGCUGUUCCGCUCGGCCGCCUACCGUCAGCCCAUCCUCAUUGCCGUGGUGCUGCAGCUGUCCCAGCAGCUGUCUGGCAUCAAUGCUGUUUUCUAUUACUCCACAAGCAUCUUCGAGAAGGCGGGGGUGCAGCAGCCUGUGUAUGCCACCAUCGGCUCCGGCAUCGUCAACACAGCCUUCACUGUCGUGUCGCUGUUUGUGGUGGAACGAGCUGGCCGGCGGACCCUGCACCUCAUAGGCCUGGCCGGUAUGGCAGGCUGUGCGGUGCUCAUGACCAUCGCGCUGGCGCUGCUGGAGCAGCUGCCCUGGAUGUCCUACCUGAGCAUCGUGGCCAUCUUUGGCUUCGUGGCCUUCUUUGAAGUGGGCCCCGGCCCCAUCCCAUGGUUCAUUGUGGCUGAACUCUUCAGCCAGGGCCCUCGCCCAGCUGCCAUUGCUGUCGCUGGCUUCUCCAACUGGACCUCAAAUUUCAUUGUGGGCAUGUGCUUCCAGUAUGUGGAGCAACUGUGUGGUCCCUAUGUCUUCAUCAUCUUCACCGUGCUCCUGGUUCUGUUCUUCAUCUUCACCUACUUCAAAGUUCCCGAGACGAAAGGCAGGACCUUCGAUGAGAUUGCUUCCGGCUUCCGGCAGGGGGGAGCGAGCCAAAGUGACAAGACACCCGAGGAGCUGUUCCACCCCCUGGGAGCUGAUUCACAAGUGUGAGGUGCCCCACACCACCAGCCCGGUCUGCUCCCAGCAGCCCAAGGAUCUCUCGGAGCACAGGCAGCUGGAGGAGACUUUCAAACUGACAAGAUCUCGGCAGAGCUGGGCCUGGGGCUCCUUCCUUCAGCCAGUAGUGAUGUCCAGAAGAAUAUUCAGGACUUUUAACGGCUCCAGGAUUUUAACAAAAGACUGUUGCUCAGAUCUAUUCAGACAAGCAGCAGGUUUUAUAAUUUUUUUAUUACUGAUUUUGUUAUUAUUUUUUUAUCAGCCAGAGUCUCCUUUAUCCACAUCCCUGGCUUCACCCUGAGUGGCUCAGUGCCUGAGGGUGGGGACCAAGCCCUGCCUAGACACUUGCCUUCUUUGCCAAGCUAAUCUGUAGGGCCGGACCUAUGACCCAAGGACACACUAAUCGAACUUCGAACCAUGAGUCCUCUACCCCAAGAGGUGGCUCUGGCCACUCCUUCUGUGGGCCUGGGUCUCCCCACCUAGGGAUCAGGCUCCAUUAGGAUUCGCCCAUUCCUGUCUCUUCCUACCCAACCACUCAAAUUCAUCUUCCCUUGCCUGAGACCAGUUGGGAGCACUGGAGUACAGGGAGGAGAGGGGAAGGGCCAGACUGGGCUGCCAGGUGCUAGUCUCCUUUGCACUGAGGGCCAGACGAUCACCAAGAGAGGAGGGCCACGGGAAACUGAGAACUCACUAUUCAAGAAGACGUGAACACUCCUGCCCUGCUGUGUAUAGUUGGAAGAUAUUUAUAUAUAUUUUUUGGUUGUCAAUAUUAAAUACAGACACUAAGUUAUAGUAUAUCUGGACAAACCAACUUGUAAAUACACCACCUUACUCCCUCUGUAACUUACCUAAGCAGAUAUAAAUGGCUGGUUUUUAGAAA